AUGAAUACUAAAAAAAGUAAGCAUAAACGAGCGAAACCUGUACAGUUUUCAACAGAAAAAGUGGUUCAAGUGAAUGAAAAAGUCGAUGAACCUAAAAUUGAAGAACAAGUAAUAAACGACGACAAAGUUGUUACCGAUAAAACUACUGUUGUGGAUGUGCCAGUGACAGAUGAAACGUUCGUUCAACAAGAUACACCGGUAAAGCCGAAAAGAAAGAAAACUAAAAAGAAGAAGCAAGAUGUAAGGGAUGAUAACAAAACUCCGGAAAUUUCUAAUGAAAAAGAAAGUGCUACAAACAUAGAAGUUGUAAGUGCACCUGACGAAAUUUGUAACAUUAAAAGUGAUAUUGAAAAGGAGGAAAAGAAUAUUCCUAAGAAGAAAAAAAAUAAAAAGAAGCCCGUUACACCAGAAUCCUUAGAGGUUCCGCAAAAUAUAAUAAUUGCUAACGUAAUUCCUAUUUACGAAAAUAUUUGUGAUGAUCAAGAAAAAUCUUCAAAAAAGAAACACAAGAAAAAAAAGCCUACUUGUAAAGCUGAAGACGUCAUGUGUAUAUCUGCCUUUCAAGAUCUCUUAGAACCGCAGAAUUCUCAAGAACGAUCGUAUUUAACUGAUGGUAGUAGCAAUGAGGUUGUUAAUCUAGAUAAGAAAGAUGAAAUACUUUUAGAAUCUGUUCAAACUUCUACGAAGAAAAAGGACAAGAAACAUGCAUCCGUGGAAAACUUAUGUGAGGCUGACAUUACACUGGUAAAAGAUAUUUCUCUUCCUGUAGAGACACUUUUAUCACAAGAAGAAAAAAAUCUAACUAAAGAUCGUGAAGAAAUUGAUAAAUUAAGUCCUAAACCGAAGGCUAAAAUAGCAAAACCUGUUGAUAAAAAGAGAAAAGAUAAAAAGUCGCAAAACAUAUUAGAAGCAGAAAUUGAAAACUCGUCGCAACAAAAUAAAAAUAAUAAUGUUAUUAUGACGCAAAUUUCAGAAACUUGUACUGACAAUAAACCUAUUGGUGAAAGUGACAAUAUAGCUGCCUCAACGAUUGAUAUUACAAUAUCCGAUGAAACGAGCGAUACUUUGGAUCUUAAUCGUGCUAUAGAACUGGAACACUCUCAAGUCGAUACUGAAAUCGAAAAUAAUCAAUUCACAGAAGUGAGACCAUCAAGAAAAAAGAAGAAAUCUGAAAAGAACGUAAAUUCGAGUAAUAUUAAAGAAAAAAGUGUGCCGGUCGAUAAGGGAGGAAAAGAAGGGUUUGACGGUGCCACUAAUGUUUCCUCUUCAAUCGAAUUUGGUUUCAAAGACAAAGAUUCCAAUAUAAUGCCAGAUUUCAUACAGUGCCCGAGAUCUAGUAGUCAACAACAAUCCGACAAUAAUAAUAAUAUGGUUAUUAGAGAGAUUACCUCUCCUGAGGAAGUGAGGUUGGAAAUUCCCGUUUUAAUGUCUGUACCUGUUAUUCAAGGCUCAGGAGAGUCGCCGGAAGUACAAUUAAAAAUGGAUCCUCUAGACAUAGAAGUUACUGAGUUGAAUUCGAUAACCUCUGAUAUCUGUAAACAAUUUAAAACAGUGAAUGAUUAUCAAGAAAUGGACGAAUUAAAAUUAUCAAUAGAAAAAUCUUUAACUGAAUUAACAGCUAUUGAAAAAAGUGAACUUGAGGCUGAAAAAAAAUUUGAAGAAGUAUUAGCCUACAAUUUAGAGCAUUUAAAUGAGAGUAAAUCAGUAACGGAAGAAAACUUACCAUUUUUACUGAAUGAAAGGGAAACAACUUCAAAAGAGGAAAAUAAAGGUCCCGAAAUCUCUAACGAUUCUGCAGUUGCACCAGUGUGCCCCACAAGAAAAGAGAAAAAAAGUAGACUUAAGAAGAAAGGUAAACAGUGUUUAGAAGCGACGCCAAACACAUCGACUACAUCAACUGCAAACGUCGAUCAAAGUAAGGAUAAUUCGAAUAAAAAGUCUGAAAAAUGUGAUAAAAGUAAUGGGAGUAAAACAGAUCAGCAAGAGAAAGGCAAGCAGCAAUCUCUAAGUAGUGAUAUUGAUAUGGGUAUAAACUCAUUUCAAUGUGAAGUAGUUUACGAACCUAUUGAAAAUUUUGAAGACGCGCUAACAUCUAGCAAUGAAAAUAUAAACGAUACCUUUGAAUUGAUUGCCCAAGAAGCAAACGAGGUUCCAAUUAAACAGCUAUCAUCUUUACAAAAACCUGAAAUAAGUAUCACAGAACCAGAAGAUGAUAAAAACAAAGAGAAGGAUUUUAGAAAACAUCCUAUUUCGCAGCCAAAAAACUUAUUAGGCCACCCCAAAAUUCCUGUACAAUCGAAUAAAACGGAUUAUAAAAAAGAAAAGAACAAACCACCUAAUUCAAUAUCCGCCAAAGUAAAGAUAAAAGAUGCAAACGAAGUUGAAAAGGCCAAAGGAUGUAAAGAGACCCAAACGAAAAGCAAACUAAUAAAAGGUACGCAAGAAUCAUGUACAUACAAGACGAACGAAACUAAUGAUUUUUUAUACAAAUAUAGUUUUCGGAAGGUGUUUCUGCCUAAUAUAUGUAAUGCGUGUAAAAAGGAGUUGGAUCAACGAGUUGUUUGCAAAUUUUGCAACUUAGUAUUCUAUUGUAGCCAGAAACAUAAAGACGAAGAUUGGCCUCAACAUCAAUUUUUAUGUUUCGCCGUCUGCACUAUAGCUCAUUUAAAAGAACAAAAGUUUAUAUAUGGAAACACGAAGAACAUAAUCGGACAAGAGUACAGAAUCCUAAGAAUGAGAAUAAUAAUGGCUUGUGAAAAGAUGUUAAAACGUAAGUUAGUGCCGUGGGAGCAAGAAGCUUUACUGUACGCAAGAAUUUGUUCUAACAGCGGCUGCAGGGAGUGGAAACAAAGCCUUUUAACUGACUGCAAAGGAUGUGGACAGGUGGCUUUUUGUUCAGAUUAUCCUGAACAUUUGCCAGUAUCUCAUCAACGUUGGUGUAAUUCAUAUGGUCUAUAUCAGAAGCUGGUUAGCUACCAACAAAAACAGGGGCGGAUAGAGCCACCAAUGCCAAAAAAAGUGAUAACUGAUAACUAUCAAUUGCCUGAAAAACUUAAAGAUGCGUUAGCUGAUUUGUAUGAGGAAAAUAUUGACAUGUCUGAUAUAGAAUACGCAGCUUUAACACAAAUAGCUACAGCUCCUUUGACGACGAUUCAUAGUUUUCAGAUUAGCAAAAAGAAUACAAAUGGAAUAAGUAAGAAAACAACAUUCACAGUACAUAUUGUGGGCGCUGAGCUACAAUUCGAAGCCGAUGUGUUAAAUAAAUGGGAAUUGUUUUUCUUACAUUUGCGGCCAGAUGUGAAGGAUUUGAGAGUAGUUCUAAUAAGUCCAGACCUUAAUCCUUCCAACCUUCCAUUAGAUUUACUCGGUAAAGUUAAAUUAUGUGAUGAGUGCCGUUUGAGUGAACGUAGACUACUAUUCAAUUUCAUUGACAAGAAAACCUAUCAAGAGUACAAUAAGAGCGAGGAAUUUAUAUAUCCAGAUAUUGUUUGUGCGUUCAAUCCAAGUAUAGAAAGAGCGACAAUCCACAAUGGCAAAGACCACUGGCCUUCAACGCUUACUUGCAUGUCAAAAUUGACAUGUCCCUUGCUAAUCACUGCAUACACAAUGAACGAAUUAAUCAGGGACGUUUCUAGGAUUAAGGCUUUGUCGAACUACAAUGUUAUUUCAGAGCCGAAACUCAAUGCCUUUGCUAGCACAAGACCGGAUAGGAACUUCAUAACGGAUGACGAAAUGCCUCUGUUAUUUAAGAACUAUUGUUACUCUGUACUUUGUGGUUUUUGA